AACAUAUCUCAAUGUUUCUACCAACCUUGGGGCAUGUUUCAAUGUUUCUACCAACCUUGGGGUAUGUCUCAAUGUUUCUACCAACCUUGGGGCAUGUCUCAAUGUUCUACCAACCUUGGGCAUGUCUCAAUGUUCUACCAACCUUGGGGCAUGUCUCAAUGUUUCUGCCAACCUUGGGGCAUGUCUCAAUGUUUCUACCAACCUGGGGCAUGUCUCAAUGUUUCUACCAACCCUUGGGGCAUGUCUCAAUGUUUCUACCAACCUUGGGGCAUGUCUCAAUGUUUCUGCCAACCUUGGGGCAUGUCUCAAUGUUUCUAUCAACCUUGGGGCAUGUCUCAAUGUUUCUACCAACUUUGGGGCAUGUCUCAAUGUUUCUACCAACCUUGGGGCAUGUUUCAAUGUUUCUACCAACCUUGGGGUAUGUCUCAAUGUUUCUACUAACUUUGGGGCAUGUCUCAAUGUUUCUACCAACCUUGGGGCAUGUCUCAAUGUUUCUACCAACUUUGGGGCAUGUCUCAAUGUUUCUACCAACCUUGGGGCAUGUCUCAAUGUUUCUACCAACCUUGGGGCAUGUCUCAAUGUUUCUACCAACCUUGGGGCAUGUCUCAAUGUUUCUACCAACUUUGGGGCAUGUCUCAAUGUUUCUACCAACUUUGGGGCAUGUCUCAAUGUUUCUACCAACCUGGGUCGCUUUCGGAGCAUCAUGAUGGAAAUAUCGUGUUAUGGCAUGGGAAAUGUUAACAUGGGAGAUGUUAACAUGGGAGAUGUUAACAUGGGAGAUGUUAACAUGGGAGAUGUUAACAUGGGAGAUGUUAACAUGGGAGAUGUUAACAUGGGAGAUGUUAACAUGGGAGAUGUUAACAUGGGAGCAUCACGCUCCUAA